CUUGAACGCGCCCCGUGUUUACAAUUAGUCACAUGCUCUCGGGUUUUUAAGGGAAAUGUUUUGGAGUAGUGUGUUUUUACAGCCUGAAUAAAUCAUGGAAUGGGGAUCAUAAUCGCUUUGAGGCUUUAAUAAGUUAACUGUCAAUGGAUGGUAUUUAAUACGAAGAAGAAACCAGCAAUCCAGGGCCAGCGUCAAAGACUGCAGGAGAUCAUCUCGGUGUGGUGGAGUGUUCCCAGUUGCGAUCGUUUACAGUAGGCUCUGUCGCCGACAGGGGGAGAUGUCAAGUACCGCCAUGAAGAAAAAGGUGCUACUGAUGGGAAAGAGUGGCUCAGGAAAGACCAGCAUGAGAUCAAUCAUCUUCGCCAACUACAUUGCCAGAGACACUCGCCGACUGGGAGCCACAAUCGAUGUGGAGCACUCCCACGUGCGCUUUCUGGGCAAUCUGGUGCUGAACCUGUGGGACUGUGGAGGGCAGGAUACAUUCAUGGAGAACUACUUCACCAGUCAGAGAGAUAACAUCUUUCGGAACGUGGAGGUGCUGAUCUACGUGUUCGACGUGGAGAGCCGCGAGCUGGAGAAGGACAUGCAUUACUACCAGUCCUGUUUGGAAGCCAUCCUUCAGAAUUCUCCCGACGCUAAGGUCUUCUGCUUGGUGCACAAAAUGGACCUGGUUCAGGAAGACCAGAGAGACUUGAUCUUUAAAGAGCGCGAAGAAGACCUGAAGAGACUCUCCCGCCCGCUGUUAUGUACCUGCUUCAGAACCUCCAUUUGGGACGAGACCCUUUAUAAGGCAUGGUCCAGCAUUGUCUAUCAGCUGAUCCCGAACGUGCAGCAGCUCGAGUCCAACUUGCGCAAUUUUGCCCAGAUCAUCGAGGCGGAUGAGGUCCUGCUUUUCGAAAGAGCCACCUUUCUGGUGAUCUCUCACUAUCAGUGCAAGGAGCAGCGAGACGCUCACCGCUUUGAGAAGAUCAGCAACAUUAUUAAACAGUUCAAGCUGAGCUGCAGUAAAUUAGCUGCUUCCUUCCAGAGCAUGGAAGUGCGCAACUCCAACUUCGCUGCUUUCAUCGACGUGUUCACCUCCAACACCUACGUCAUGGUGAUCAUGUCCGACCCGUCCAUACCCUCCGCCGCGACCCUCAUCAACAUCCGUAAUGCCAGGAAGCAUUUUGAGAAGCUGGAGAGGGUGGACGGCCCCAAGCACAGCUUGCACAUGCGCAUGCGUUAGACAUCUCUCCUCAGGUAAGACGAUCGGACGUCAACACGGCCAGAGAGGGCCUGCGUGCCAGGGAAAUGGCACCCUGGGGAAUUCCUCAUAUCUGCUGACUUCACUGCAUCCAGGAUGUUUUGUUGUUGUUUUUUUUGUUUUUCUAGAGACUCUUGCCAUUUUAUUAAUUUUUUUUUUUUUUUUUUUUAAAUCAUCGCACGUUUUUCCUCAGAAGACCAGAACAUGUAAGGCUGGUUGGGAUUGAUGAGGAACUGGGUGUAAUCAUGAAAAUCUUGGUAAAUGAGUGGAUCGUUAAGCCAUAAAAAAAAAAAAUUUGUAAAAAAUAAAUCAGAAAUGGAUUUUUUUUUUUUCAGAAUGACGCACAUUUUAAACGUCCCGUAACAAAUGAUCAGUGCCAUAGAGUGAGCCGAGUUCUUUAGACUCGCACACCCCACCCUUUUUGUGUUGACUUGUUUUGCAUUGUAUAAAUGCUGCAUGUGCUGCGGUUCGCAACUACUAUAUGGUUUCUUUCGACUACAAAUAAAUAAAUAAAUAAAUAAACGUUGGCCGACGGUAACCGGGCCGGUCUCAAAUGAAGCAAAGGUUCACAAAGGUUCCCCUUUUCUAUCCAAAACACGUUUGUUAUUUCCCUAUUUAUUAUCUCGGUGAUGGCAACGCAAAUAAAAGCAAAGCAAAUAAAAUCAAAGGAAGUAUUA